GAGAGGACUGCAAAUCUCUUCCCCCAAACCAGAAUUAGCCGGUAUCAUUGGCACAUGAGAGAGCGUGUAGAUCUGAAAUUGCCCUGAAUGGAUACAAGAUCAUGCAGAAGACGAGCUGUUCUGGGGGCAAAAGGGCAGCGAUCGGCCGCAGCCUCCUCCCAAAAAUAAGCCCCAGUCCAGCACCCCUCCGGGCCAAGGGGAGGGAACCGGCUGGCUAGCAGGGGGAGGUUGAGCGGAGCCUGGGCUGAGGAUGAUAGGUAGGACGGCAACAAAGCCAGGGGCUUGGAGGAAAGCUGCAAGUUUCGGCGAGAGCCAGGACUAAAGCCCAGCGGGCGGCAGGGCUGGCUCGGGCCCGGAGCGAAUACUGUGGGGAAAAUGUGCACCACUCAAGAAGACAUUGCAUAUGAUUUUGAAGAUGAUUCAAAAGAUAAGACUAAGACACUUAAGCCUAAUCCAAACAUUGAUGGCGGAUGGGCUUGGAUGAUUGUCCUUUCUUCCUUUCUUGUACAUAUACUUAUCAUGGGGUCACAAAUGGCCCUUGGAAUACUUAACAUGGAAUGGCUUGAAGAAUUCAGUCAAAGUCGAGGCUUGACUGCAUGGGUUAGCUCCCUUAGCAUGGGUAUUACAUUGAUCGUAGGUCCUUUCAUUGGUUUAUUCAUUAACACAUGUGGGUGCCGCAAGACAGCAAUAAUUGGCGGGAUCUUGAAUGCCCUAGGCUGGGUAUUGAGUGCCUACGCCUCAAAUGUACAUUACCUCUUCAUUACAUUUGGCGUGACAGCUGGUGUUGGGAGUGGCAUGGUUUAUCUUCCUGCAGUGGUCAUGGUAGGACAGUAUUUUCAGAAGAGAAGAGCACUAGCUCAGGGACUUAGUACCACUGGAACAGGGUUUGGAACAUUUCUAAUGACCAUUUUACUGAAGUAUCUAUGUAAGGAAUUUGGAUGGAGGAAUGCAAUGUUCAUCCAGGGUGCUGUGUCUCUGAACCUGUGUGUCUGCGGGGCGCUCAUGAGGCCACUUUCUUCCAGGAAGGAUGCCAAUGAAAAAGGUGUUAAGAGAAACAGUAGUGAAGAUUAUCAUGCAAAAGCUCUGUUCCACUCUGCAAAGCCCAUAAAAUCUAAUGGGGUAUUACAUGAAGAGCAAGAGAAAAAAGAAGGGCCAGCUAAUGACGAAGUGCUUGAUAAUAUUCAAGCUAUGAAGUGCAAAGGUAAAACCAGACGUGGAAAGCAUUUGUAUGCUCUUUGCAUUCUCAAGAGAGUGAGCCAGCUGACUGUUACAAUCAAGAAGGGGUUUGGAACAUGGUACUCCAGCUACUUUGGGGCUGCAUCACUUUUUACCAAUAGAGUAUUUGUGGCCUUUGUGUUUUGGGCAUUGUUUGCAUACAGCAGCUUUGUUAUUCCUUUUAUUCAUCUUCCAGAAAUCGUCAAACAGUAUAAUUUAUCCACACAGAAUGAUGUAUUUCCUUUGACCUCGAUUAUAGCCAUAGUUCAUAUAUUUGGUAAGGUGAUCCUUGGAAUCAUCUCUGAUUUACCCUGCAUCAGUACUUGGAAUGUCUUUCUGACAGCUAACUUCACUCUUGUCACCUGUAUUCUUAUUUUGCCAUUAAUGCGUACAUAUAUUAGCCUGGCAAUGGUUUGUGCCCUAAUAGGAUUUUCCAGUGGAUAUUUUUCUCUCAUGCCUGUUGUGACUGAAGAUUUAGUGGGGAUAGAGCACCUUGCAAAUGCUUACGGCAUCAUACUUUGUGCCAAUGGGAUAUCUGCACUGCUAGGACCACCAUUUGCAGGUUGGAUCUAUGACAUCACACAAAAAUAUGAUUUUUCUUUUUACAUAUGUGGUUUGCUUUACAUGGUAGGAAUAAUCUUUUUACUCAUCCAACCUUGUAUUCAAAAGAAACAAUCAAAAGACAAACCCACUGAAAGCACAAAAGUAUAGUUCAAUUUAUGGAAUGUUUUGAAAAGAAUAUAUUGGGUUCAUGUCUCUGUUAUAUAGCAGUAUAAAAUUGUUAUUCUUACAAGACCAACUGCAUUGAAGAGCAUCACAGUGAAUAAUGAAUGAGCUGCAAAGUGCUGAUAUUAAAUAAUUAGUGGAAAUGUGCUUGUAAAAGCAAGUUGACUGUCAUACUUAUGAUUCUUUGCUUAGAACUGUCUCUUUAACAAAUACAGACGUUAAGAGCUUUCCAGAUGUAAUAUUGCUAUUUUUACAUUUGGUCAGUGGUUGAAACAUUAGUUCUGAUUCGCAAAAAGAAAAGGAGGACUUGUGGCACCUUAGAGACUAACAAAUUUAUUUGAGCAUAAGCUUUUGUGAGCUACAGCUUCACUGAUGAAGUGAGCUGUAGCUCACGAAAGCUUAUGCUCAAAUAAAUUUGUUAGUCUCUAAGGUGCCACAAGUCCUCCUUUUCUUUUUGUGAAUACAGACUAACACGGCUGCUACUCUGAAACUAGUUCUGAUUCUUAACUCAUGUACAACAGUUUUACACUGAUGAAACUAUUGACUGCAAUGCAGUUAUUGCUGAUUUACACUGCUGUGAGAAAAGAAUCAAGCCUCACAUGAAUACUUUCCUACUCUUAUAUUCCAGCUGAUCAGAAAUUUGUUGUUAAGCACAAGCAAAUGGCUACAUUUCUCAUCCAGCUACACAAGUGUGUCACUACAAUACUAAUGAUAAUUCAAGGAUACACAUAAUUUAAUAUAUUUAAAAGAAUGUUUCUGUGAUAUAAAAUUGAAGAUAUCUUAUAUUUUUCUGAAAACACUCUCCAGUCCAAAGAACUCUUUUUGAUGUUUUGAUUGCAGAACAAAUUAUCUAUUCUCAGCUCAUAAGAGAAAUGAUAAAUGAGGUACUUAAAUAUAUUCUGAUACCAAACAGCACUGAAAUACAACAAACAAAAACUGGGGAAGGAUGGGGCAUAUUAAUGGGGUUCUGCAGCAGAAAGGACAGGCAGCAAAACUAGACAAUUUAUUGCAAGAGUCUAUAAGAAAAGUUAAUGCAUUCAGGUAGAGUUUAUGGGCCGCCCAAUUCUGAUCUCAAUGCAGCCAGAGUCAACUUCAGUAGUUACUCCCAAUUUAUAUUGGUGCCACUGAGAACAAAAUCUGGCCUUUCCUAUGAUUCUAGUUUUGUUUGAAUCAGUUUUACACCUGUAACUACAUUGGGCCAGACCCAAUAUACAUUGUCAUAGGUCCAUUGAAGUGGAUUUCCAUCAACUAAUUAUCAGGCCCAUUGACAUCAAUGGAGUUAUUCCGGAUUUACAUCAGUGAGAGAUCAAAAUCAGGUCCUGUGUGCUUACAGCAACGUUCUGGAAGACUGAACUUGGCCCUACUCUGGUUGCAUUUUAUCACCAUACAGAAAGGGCAGGUCUACACUAUGGGGGAAAGUUGAUCUAAGCUAUGCAAUUUGAGUUAUGUUAGUAGCGUAACUCAAGUCGAGGUGGCUUAGAUCUACUUAUCGCAGGGUCCACACUAGGCUAUGUCAUCUCCCAUUGACUCCCCUUACUCUUCUCGUUCUGGUGGAGUACUGGAGUUGACGGGAGAGCGAUCUGCGGUCAAUUUAGUGGGUCUUCACUUGACCUGCUAAAUCGACCCCCGGUAGCUCAAUCGUCGAAAUGUCAAUCUGCUGGUAAGUGGAGACAAGUCAAAGAAUUUGCCUAUGUGCAGAACAAUCCCUUUAAUAACUUCCUGUAGCUGAUUUGUUGUAAGGGAUGUCCGAGAUCUAAGACAGUUACCAAUAUUAUGUUAUGGCAUGUUAUGUAUAGUUUCCUAAGCCUGAUGCUUUGCAGGUGAAACAUCUUGCCAAGGAUUUUCCAGACUGGAGGGUGCUUCCAGAAAAAGUUUGAAGUUCCUGGCUACCUUACUUGUUUACACAGUUUGAAACUGUAAAACAUUUUUUAUUGCAGCCCUUCCUCAGUAAUUAAUUAUUUAACCUAAAUAACCAAUUUCUCAGGGAUAGAACUUGAGAAUAUUGGGUGAAGCUGGCCAAAGUAUGCAUUUAGGUUUAGAAACAGUUGCAUGGAAGACAGCAUGAUAUUUUAUUGAAAUUUAUUUCACCACAAAAGUUAUUAAAUUACGACUAAUUGUGUUGCAACGUAAGAGCACAACAUUCACUAUGUAAAACUGAUCAAAUUUUUUCAGUGUUGUUUACUUGCUGUAAAAUUAGCUAUGUAAUGCAAAGCAUGGAAAAGAGAAGUGUUUUAACUAUUUAAGUGCAUUGCCUUGUUUUUCUGACAAUAUCAAAUAACAGAGGGACAAUACAGAAUGUUUUGUAUGGUGCUACAUUAAUAUUUUCCAUGCUUUGAGAGACACAACUUGUGAUGUAGUGCCUAUAUUAACUACAAAGUGUCAUUUUAUUUUCUGGGUUUAAGCUUUAUAAAGGUUAUUUUUUGUCAUAAAUGAGGUUUCUGCUUUAGUAUUGAUUUAUGCUGCUGGAAUCUAUUGAAAACAAUUUGUGGUAUCCAUAUAAACAGAACAAAUAAGGGGAAGUUAUGAGACCAACAUCAAUUCUUUAAGUGCAGGUUCAAUGUCUUGUUUAGUGUGAAUGCUGCUGAUAGCUUAUUUUAAUCAAAGUGACUUAUUUUGUUGGGUUACUAUAUAUAUGGAAAUGGUGAUCUUCCAUCAAUUUCCUUCUUUUUUUUUUUUUAAAGAUAUGUGUCUUUUAUACUUCAAACUUCACUUUUCCAUUUGUCCAAAUUGUUUUUAUUUCCAUAUGACUGUAAUGAAUUAAAUGUUGUUCUUUUAAGAUAUGUGCAUAUGUCUUUCUAUAGAGCUUCUUCUUCUUUUUGGGAUAACUAGAUCAUGUAAUGAGAAUAAACUUUAUAUUAUAAAAUA